UACAUAGUAUUUAUUUGUGGCUCCUUAUAUAUAGGAAAUAAGGAGAUUCAGACCAGCAAAAGUCAUCAAGUAGGAGUUUUAAGAGUUUUGGCUGCUUAUGUGACACACAUGUAUUAAUAUUAAUUAUCUGAUAAUUUGAUUUUAUAUUGUCUGUGUUUGCAUUAGCUUUUGCAUAGUCUCUUUCUUGGUUGAGAUUAUAUAUAUUGGCAGGCCAUUUGGUUCCCAUUAGUUUAUACUUUAGGUAAAGGCUGAAACUUUGAAGAUCUUUGGGUAAAAUAUAGAGGAUAUACCUUUUCACCAGUUCUUGGAUCCAUGGCUCUCUUGUUGUCAACUGUUUGGUCGGCGUGAAAGAAUUAAGAAAGCUUUGAAGAUAUGGAGAAUUCUUAUGAAACGUUGAGUAAUGGGAAAUCAAGAGAUCCGAGUCUUCAGAUAAUUAGACACCCUUCUUACCAAUCUUCCAAUAAAUUGUUGCUACCUUGGCUUGAUAUAAAAGUGUUUUAUGUUAGAAUUAGCAAUUUCUUGGUGGAUGAAUCAACCCCAGAGUCUCUGAAUGUCAAUCAUAUACCGCUAAGUCCUGACACUAUUCUUGAGGUGAAUGGUGCAAGAUGUAAAAUUCAUUCAGAAGGUAUUUCGUGUGUUCUUAGAAGGGACCGGGUGGAUAAGAAAGCUGAAGAAGCUACAUUUGUGAGCACAGCUAAUGUAAGACUCACAGGAAGUGUGAAAUUUGAGGUUUUAGAUGGAGACAAUUUAGUCUUGUCUGGGAUUCUUGAGAUGUCGAAUAAAAAUGGUUUCAGUGGUGAGUCGAAAAACAAUGUCAGAACAUGGAGCAUGAAUUGUGAGCCAGUGAUGAGUGCUUGCACUGGUUUUUUGAAGGGGAAACAAAUUAAGGGUUCUGAAUCACUGUCACCAACCAUCGAAGUUUAUGUAGCAGGUUCCUUCUCCGGAACACCAGUCAUCUUAACAAAGACUAUACAGCUUGCUUUAAGGAAAAAGAAUAUCAGGAACGGAAUGCUAGGUACAAUUCCAGAGUAUGAAGCAGCUGAAUCUCAGGAACACACAACAUCUGAGCUUGAUCAGCAGAUAGUGGAAUACAGAAAUUACAAAAUGGCAACGGAAGAAGAUUACAGCAACAACGCCAGCAGCUUGUACUGGAGGCAUGGAGAAGAAUAUAUAGAAGGUGAAGACGGAGAACUCUCUUGGUUUAAUGCAGGUGUGAGGGUCGGUGUCGGUCUAGGACUUGGGAUUUGUCUGGGAGUAGGAAUCGGGGUUGGUCUAUUGGUCCGCACAUACCAAACUACCUCUCGUACUUUCAAAAGGCGUCUUCUCUGAUACUAACUGCGUUGCGAUUUUUUUAGUAAACAGUGAUUUUGCUCUACUCUACUCUAUUUUUCAAUGUUUAUCGUUUUGGUAUGUUUUGUCAAGUGUAUCGUUUGCUACAAGUGUGCAGAUAUCAAAAAACUGCCCGGAACCUGAGAAUAGGCUUGAUUCGUGUUUUGUACAAUUUCCACUCCUGUAAAUAUAUACUAUGAAACAGCA